CGAAAUUUGACAGUUAAUCACCCAAGCCAGCAAAAAAUGCAGAACAAACACCAGACAUUUUUCAUAACAAAUUGAUUUUUUAAAAUUUUCGGCGAAAAUAACUGGUUUUAUCAAAUCGUUUUUGUAUCUAUUAACGCAGAAAACGUCUGCGUAGAAUACUUCCAAAAUGCAACGUCGCGGAGGGAAAAGAAUUCGGAUGGACGAACCUCCACCGGAUUUUGACGAACCGUUGGAGCUGCCGUAUCCGAUUGAACCCCACAAUGAAAGCUGGUCUUCGGGUGGUGCCGGAGAAGGUCCUUCCGAAGAACCUCUACCAGAGGAGCAGGCAGGUCGUGGUCGGGGACGAAUGACUCGUUUAAGAGCCCGCGGUGGAGUUCCUUUGAAAGCUCCCAUAAUCGAUGAAGAUGAUGAUGAUAUAUUUUUUGGAGCGCGGUUCGAGCAACAGCAGAAAAAACGUAAAGCCCCUAGAAAAGCUCGCGGGGAAGCAGCCCCAAAGGAACCACGUGAGAAAAGAGAAAGACCCUUUCACCACGAAAACGAAGAACGUGUUGUGGUUACGGAUCGAGAGAGUACAACUGACGAAAGUAGUUUGUACUUCAUUUUGAGACACUCGAAAUCGGCGAUCACCGGAAUCGUGGACGAUUGGAUUGAGAGCUACAAGGUAGAUAAAGAUUCAGCGUUAAUUGCACUGAUGAACUUUUUCGUUCACGCGAGUGGAUGCAAAGGCAAAAUUACACCGGAAAUGCAGCAAACGAUGGAACAUACAGCCAUCAUUCGUAAAAUGACGGAAGAAUUCGAUGAAGAUAGUCACGAAUAUCCCUUGAUCAUGCCUGGCCAGCAGUGGAAGAAGUUUAAAAUGAAUUUUUGCGAUUUUGUUCAGACCCUUGUCAAGCAGUGUCAGUAUUCGAUUAUUUAUGAUCAGUUUCUCAUGGACAAUGUUAUUUCCCUGUUGACGGGUUUAUCCGAUUCACAAGUUCGAGCAUUUCGACACACGGCCACACUUGCAGCAAUGAAACUGAUGACUGCGUUGGUCGAUGUAGCACUAUUGGUGUCGGUCAAUUUUGACAACGCAGCCCGGCAGUACGACGCGGAAAGGCUCAAGUCUCGUGACAAACGAGCACCGGAUCGUUUGGAAUCACUGAUGGCGAAGCGAACUGAGUUGGAGGAAAAUAUGGACGAAAUUAAGAACAUGCUGACGUAUAUGUUCAAAUCCGUGUUCGUUCAUCGAUACCGAGACACACUGCCGGAAAUAAGAGCGAUAUGCAUGUCGGAGAUUGGCAUUUGGAUGCAGAAAUUUUCCCAAAAUUUCCUGGACGAUUCUUAUCUCAAGUACAUUGGCUGGACGCUGCACGAUAAGGUCGGUGAGGUUCGCUUGAGAUGUCUACAAGCUCUCUUGCCGCUGUAUGAGAAUGAGGAACUCAAGGGAAAGUUGGAGUUGUUUACGUCUAAGUUCAAAGAUCGCAUCGUGGCUAUGACUUUGGAUAAGGAGUUUGAAGCGGCCGUUCAUGCGGUUAAACUGGUUAUUAAUAUAUUAAAGAUACACCAGGAUAUACUAACGGACAAGGAUUGUGAAAUCGUGUACGAGUUGGUGUACUCAUCCCAUCGCGGUGUCGCUCAGGCUGCAGCCGAGUUCCUAAACGUUCGUCUAUUUUGCCUAGAUGCUGACGCGCAGAUCACCUACACGAAGCGCGGUAAACAGCGGCUACCCAAUACCCCACUUUUGCGUGAUCUGGUUCAAUUUUUCAUCGAGUCCGAACUACACGAACAUGGUGCCUAUCUGGUCGAUUCAUUUAUCGAUAGUAACCCGAUGGUGAAAGAUUGGGAGUGCAUGACAGAUUUAUUGCUCGAAGAACCGGGUCAGUUGGAGGAAAUGUUGGAUAACAAGCAGGAAUCCACGUUGAUAGAGAUAAUGGUUAGUGCGGUAAGACAAGCUGCUACAGGAGAACCCCCGGUUGGACGUGGUAGCAGCAGGAAGCUGACGCUAAGCGCGAAGGAGAUCAAACAAGUGCAGGAUGAUAAGCAGAAGCUGACGGAACAUUUCAUUCACACGUUACCGCUGUUGCUCAAUAAGUACAGUGCAGAUAGCGAGAAGCUUACAAAUCUGUUGGCAAUUCCACAAUAUUUCGAUUUGGAACUGUACACAACAACCCGACAGGAGGCAAAUUUGCAAACGCUGUUGGAUAAAAUGACUCAUAUUAUGGCGAUUCACGUGGAUCGUGAAGUACUGGACGCAUGCUCGAAAACAUUUGAAUUUCUCUGCACCGAAGGCAGUGCCAUCUACACGCGCUGUGAUGUUGCCCGGUCAAAUGUUAUUGAUGAGUGUGUCAAUCGGUACAAAGAAGCCAUUGAUGAUUACCGUAAUUUGAUUGCCGGCGAGGAAACACCAAACGAGGAUGAAAUUUACAACGUUAACAUUAGCCUGAAAAAGGUUUCUAUUCUGUACUCGUGUCACAACUUAAAUCCGUGGAAUCUGUUCGAUUCGCUGUAUCAGGAUAUAGAAGAAAGCCUAUCGGAGAAUGCUGGGGACAAUGGUAUUCCUCAUGAGGCGCUCGUUUAUUGCAUUGAAGCUUGCUUCUUCUCGAUCAAAUGGGGUUUGUACUAUUUGGAAAACACAAUGGACAGAUCCGCUGCGUCUGAGGUGGAUGAGCUGCGAGAGAAUUUGAAAAAAUACUUGGAUGCUUGCAAUAACCUUAUGCAGUAUGAAGUCGCGCCAAUAGUGGAAGCUGCUUACAUGUCGAUCUGCGAUCUGCUGGUGGUGUUCAGCGACCAAUUAGUUACCCAUCCCAAUGAAUCUAUCCGUCAGUUGGUUUACAUUCCCAGUCCAGAGCAGCAAGCUCUGCUGAAUGAAUUUGUCCAGGCAAAUGUAUUCUCCCCGGAGCAAGAGGAGGGUCUCGAUGAAACCAGAAUUGAGGAACUGCACAAAAGGAGGAACUUUUUGGCUGCAUAUUGCAAGUUGAUUGUUUACAACAUCUUACCGAUGAAGUCGGCUUCGGAAAUUUUCAAGCACUAUUUGAGGUGUUAUAACGAGUACGGUGACAUCAUUAAAACAACCCUGGGAAAGACGCGUGAAAUCAACAAAGUGAACUGUGCAUUGACCAUGUGCUUGAGUUUAAUCAACAUGUUCAAGGACAUCCAGGAAGCUUCGCCAGCGGGGCGCGUUUCCAAAAACUCUCAGGAAUUCCAAGAUCUGAAGGAAUUGGCUAAACGUUUUGCUCUUUCAUUCGGGUUGGAUGCCGUGAAGAACCGAGAAGCUAUUACAGUUUUUCACCGCGCAGGAAUUCUUUUCGCCGUGACGGUACCGAAUGAAGCUUUCGAGGAUCCGUCGGCACCGCCUCCGUGCAUCGCUUUUCUCGAGGUGCUCGCUGAGUUGACUAAUAAGCUUAUCAAGCAAGAUAAGAAAUUGAUUCUUAGUUUCAUGGAGCGUCGGUUGAACGCUGGCAUUCCGUCGAGCCGUUCGGAAGAUUGGCAACCACUGAUGACGUAUAAGAACUCGUUGUUGCACGGCGAAACCGAUCAAAUGCCGGUGCCUUCGAAGCGAGCCUACUCUCGCAAGAAGAAGGAUUACGAUCACGAUGAUGACGAUGAGCACGACGAUGAGGAUGAUCAGGAUUAUGUCGCGUAGAUUGCAGCUGUUGAAUUUUCUAGAUAAAUAUCUGCAAACUACUUACAACCAUUGCUGCUACAGUAGCCUAUGCUAGAAAAAAAAUCACAGAAAACCGUACACCAUAUGGACAAAAUUAAGUUGCUAAUUAAAAAUAACGGAAAUGUUUCAGCUAUACAAGAAGCAGAAUACCGUCAGAUGAUAAUAAAAAGAAGGUAAAAUCACCAAACCGAAACAAACCUAGACAUUUUAUAUUGACUAUAUCGCAAGGAAUAGAAGAAAAGGAAACAAUGAUGAUAGAUUCAAAGAGUUGCAAUAGACACACAGAGCUUUUUUCUGUUAGUGUUAUUGUAGCUAGCACAACCACAGAAUGAAUGUAGGAAAAGAAAGUUCUGCUGGAAGGAUAUAUACGACUUUGUGCUACUAUCAUAACUGUUGCCGUGGAGCAAAAAAACCCAUAUACCCCGGGGGAGUACAUAUCUGCUAAAUAAAGGAAAGACCAGCAAACUGGUCAGUUGACCGACAGGUAGGCAGUCGAGUGUGAUUCAAUACCGGCCCCGAUUCAGAUACCUUUAGAUCAGGGAAAGGGGUAACCACUCACCAAGAAUAGACAAGAAGAAGGAUCGUAUAAAAAGGUUGAGAUAGUACGACCAAUCUUCUCCUUCUGCGCUUUUUGUCGUUUCAGCUCUUAUGGCCGGGCAGCUGUUCGGGGCAGUUAGUUUUCCCAAUCGUCGUUUUCUUAAGGCUCCUUGCGAAGGGAUGCACUGGAGAAAGUGCAGCACUUUAUACAGACGGGGGUAGGGGACAAUUUUCGCUUCUCAUGGGGUGAAAUGCCUAGGGAUCUGAGACGAUGAAAUGUCAUUAUCAAACAAAGUAACAAUAACUUUAGUAAGUUAUAUUAGAUAGUUGGAUGAGAUGAUAAAAUCCGUGAUAGUGUUAGAGGAAAAUGUGAGAAAAAUUGUGUAACCAUACUGUUCAUAGACAACAUAAUGAGAUAGAAGGAGUGAAAAUUAUGUCACAUACAGGCACACUUUUUAAAGGAUUAAAAUUACUAGAAGGGAAUCAGCAAGCAUUAGUAGCAUUACAUUACAUUCGUACAUAGAGCAAAAUAUACACUUUCGUACCCAUUUACUCAUUCGUCACUUUGAACAAUAACACAUGCACGGAGAGAAGGGAAAUUGUCACGAGCAUCGACCAGGAAAGUCAAAUGCACAAGCGUCACAUGUACCAUGGCACGGUGUCAAAGGUAAUUGCCAUCCUUACAAGUUGGUACGUUCUCUAAACCACUAUGUUAAGAUUUUUAGCAAAUUAUGGACGGAGAAUAAAGAAAAUGAAAGUGUCAUGAAGAACAUUGUUGAUAGAUAGUAAAAUUCUUUGGUAAUUUUUGGAAUGAUAGUGUGUUUUGUUAGCUAUGCAUCUGUCUUUACUAGGUUUGAAUCUUAUUGCUGGCUUCCUGUGUACCGGUAUAUUGGGCGUAAUUCCAUAUACUACGCGUACAAACAACAAAGGUAGUAUCCGGCAGCUAGAGCGAGGCAGGCUACGAAUUUCACUGGACAGCCUCAAUACCAAUGAACUAUUAUGCGAUUCUAUGCGUUACCUAUACCAAUUAUUCAGUAGUAUCAAUUUAUUUCGAAGCGAGCAGGGUUCGUCGAGGUACGUUUUAUGCUUCAUUUUAAAAGUUGCACAGGAAAAACCAUUGUGCCUGCAUUUCUGUUAGCUUUUCAAAGACUUCAAUACUGAAUAUUCCAUCAGCAAUCAUCUAUUGUCAAAUCCAUCACAUCCCAUUGUAACCAAUUGAAGCAUUUAGUCAUUUUCCCCGGUUGACCCACAUUAUUAGCGUUAAACCUGCUGUGGUAUUUUGACACCGUGCCAGACCCAGGACGUCAUUGUGAAGCCAAAAGCAUCUAAGGCAAACUAACAAACAAGACGAAAAAAGCAGAGCGGAAACAGCAAGGAUAUGACAGCCAUGCAUGCAGACACAGACCCUGUAUGUGUGUUUUUAUAGCAUACAACAAAUCUACCAACCACAAACAACCAACUAACCAACAAAGCAAGGCCAGGCACGAUGUUAGGGGACAAGCAGAGAGAGAGAGGCAGCACAGGGCGAGGGUAAAAGGGCUUUAAUGUCACUAUAAUUUUCUCCCAGCUUUUAUGAUUUUUCUCUGUUUGUUCGUAUAUAUAGAUUGUUGGUUAUUUUAUGGAACGAUGACUCAGACCUAGUAUAUACUUUUUUACUAUUAGUAAUGCCGCCAGUCCUGCUGUUGCCUUGGUACUGAGAUGCGGACGGAUAGUAGGAUUUUUAUCAGAAUGAGAUUUUAUACACUAAAACAACACAAUUUACUCGACGAAAGUGAACAGGUAUUGCGGUUUGGUAUUGAUUGUGUGCAUGAGCCAGCGGCGCAAUAGGGAUUGUGGUUGAACCGAGAUAGCCAACGACAUUGCGUUAUUAAAGUGGGCCCCGAUAAAUAACAUACCUGGGGAGGUUAAAUAAAAUCCAGUGGAAGUAAAAGAAUGUUAUAUCGAUUAUACAUACCUAGAAGUAGAACAACAGAGCCAGAGCCAGAAUGAGGUGUUUUUGUUUCUUACUGUUUAAAUUAUUUAUUUUGAACAAUGGAGACUUCAGUAAGAAAGUUGUAAUAAUAAUUAUAAAUAAUACAAUUAACAAAAACAAAUGGAAACCACUCUGUAGAGAAGUAGUGAUCAAUUUAGUAAUAAAUGAUUAUAAGUAAAA